GCUGGGCCCAAAUCCCGCCCCGCCCGGGGGAGGAUCCGCCCGGCCGCCUCAGCCACCUGCUCACCCUAGCCACCUGGCUACCCCGCCCGCCUCGCCAUGCUCCGGGCGGUGGCGCGCCCGCUGAGGGGCCUCGCCCUGUCUCGGGGUCCCGUCCUGUUCUCGGGUCGCCGCCUGUCUCGGGGUCCCGCUCAGACUCGGGGCUUCCCUAGCGCCUGGCCAGGAGAAGAAAACCUGCCUUUAUCUGCAGAAACACAGUGGAAAGACAGGGCAGAGACGGUUAUAAUUGGAGGUGGCUGCAUCGGUGUGAGUCUGGCUUAUCACCUGGCCAAAGCGGGCAUGAGAGAUGUGGUCCUGCUGGAAAAGUCGGAGCUCACGGCUGGGUCUACCUGGCAUGCAGCAGGUCUAACAACUUACUUUCAUCCUGGAAUAAACUUGAAGAAAAUACACUAUGACAGCAUCAAACUUUAUGAGAAACUGGAAGAAGAAACUGGACAGGUGGUGGGAUUCCAUCAGCCAGGUAGUAUCAGAAUUGCUACAACUCCUGUAAGGGUAGAUGAAUUUAAAUACCAAAUGACACGCACUGGCUGGCAAGCUACAGAACAGUAUAUUAUUGGACCUGAAAAAAUUCAAGAGAUGUUUCCUUUACUUAACAUGGAUAAGAUUUUAGCUGGACUGUAUAACCCUGGAGAUGGUCACAUUGAUCCUUAUUCUCUAACGAUGGCCUUGGCUGCUGGGGCUAGGAAAUAUGGGGCCCUUUUAAAAUAUCCUGCACCUGUGACUUCUCUGAAACCCAGGUUAGAUGGAACAUGGGAUGUUGAAACGCCACAAGGAUCUAUUACAGCAAACAGAAUUGUGAAUGCUGCAGGGUUCUGGGCGCGUGAAGUAGGUGCCAUGAUUGGCCUGGAACAUCCUCUCAUCCCAGUCCAACAUCAAUACGUGGUUACCUCCACCAUCCCAGAAGUGCAAGCUCUGAAGCAAGAACUCCCUGUGCUCCGGGACCUAGAAGGGUCCUAUUACCUCCGACAGGAGCGGGAUGGGCUUCUGUUUGGACCCUACGAGAGUCAAGAGAAAAUGAAGGUUCAGGACACGUGGGUCACUAGCGGGGUGCCCCCAGGCUUUGGAAAGGAACUUUUUGAGUCUGACCUAGACCGAAUCAUGGAACAUGUGGAAGCGGCCAUGGAAAUGGUUCCAGUCUUGAAAAAGGCUGACAUCAUUAGUGUCGUCAACGGUCCCAUCACAUAUACACCUGACAUUCUGCCCAUGGUCGGCCCACACCAGGGGGUCAGAAACUACUGGGUGGCUGUAGGCUUUGGGUACGGCAUCAUCCACGCUGGUGGGGCUGGGAAGUACCUCAGUGACUGGAUCCUGCAGGGAGAGCCUCCUUUUGACCUAAUAGAACUGGAUCCCAACCGCUAUGCCAAGUGGACCACAGCUCAGUACACCGAGGCCAAAGCCAGAGAAUCGUAUGGAUUCAACAACAUUGUUGGCUACCCUAAGGAAGAGCGCCUCGCAGGGCGGCCCACACAGCGAGUCAGCGGGCUCUACCAGGCUCUGGCACCCAAGUGCUCCAUGGGGUUCCACGCGGGCUGGGAACAGCCAAACUGGUUCUACAGACCCGGCCAGGACACUCAGUACAGGCCAAGUUUUCGCCGCACAAACUGGUUUGAGCCGGUGGGCUCUGAGUAUAAACAAGUUACGCAAAAGGUGGGAGUGAUUGACCUGACUCCGUUUGGCAAGUUCCACAUCAAAGGCCAGCACUCCGUGAGGCUGCUGGAUCAUCUCGUGGCCAAUGUCAUUCCCAAGGUGGGCUUUACAAAUAUAAGCCACAUGUUGACACCCAGAGGUCGUGUGUACGCCGAGCUGACUGUCUCCCACCAAUCCCCUGGCGAGUUUCUGUUAAUAACUGGUUCUGGAUCCGAACUUCAUGAUCUUAGAUGGAUUGAGGAAGUAGCCAACAAAGGUGGAUAUGAUGUUGAGAUUAGAAACAUAACCGAUGAGCUGGGUGUCCUUGGAGUUGCGGGUCCACACUCAAGGAGGGUCCUUCAGAAGCUGACCUCUGAAGACCUCAGCGAAAGUGCUUUCAAGUUUCUGCAAAGCAAGUCCUUCAAGGUUUCUGGCAUUCCUGUCACUGCUAUUAGGAUAUCGUAUACCGGAGAGCUGGGCUGGGAGCUGUACCACAGGCCAGAAGACUCGGCACCACUCUACGAGGCUAUCAUGAACUCGGGCCAGCAGGAGGGGAUCGACAAUUUCGGAACCUAUGCCCUGAACGCCUUGAGACUGGAGAAAGCUUUCCGCGCCUGGGGGGCUGAGAUGAACUGUGAUACAAAUCCCUUGGAAGCUGGACUGGAAUAUUUUGUCAAGUUAAACAAGCCAGCAGACUUCAUAGGAAAGCAGGCACUGAAACAGAUUAAAGCCGAGGGGCUGACACGGAGGCUGGUCUGCCUCACCUUGGCAACAGAUGAUGUGGACCCGGAGGGAAAUGAAAGCAUCUGGUUCCAUGGCAAGGUGGUUGGCAACACAACAUCUGGCAGCUACAGCUACAGCAUCCAGAAGAGUCUGGCUUUUGCUUAUGUCCCUAUAGAGCUAAGUGAAGUGGGACAACAAGUGGAAGUUGAACUAUUAGGUAAAAAUUACCCAGCAACCGUCAUACAAGAACCCUUGGUAUUGACAGAACCAACUAGAAACCGGCUUGAGAAAAAAGGCGGAAAGGACAAAACUUGAAAAAGACCUUAUCAGUCAGCUGAAUUCUAGUUGUUAUAUGACUAUUCUUGAAAUUAUUAUAAUUGGUUCCAGGGGGAAUAGAGGAUCCCAAGAAUUCAUUUGAAAUCAUCAAGAAUCUAGAUUUAGACUCUUAAUAAAACUUUUCUCCUAAUUGUUUCCUAAGCAAGACAGGGUAAUGAAUGAGUGAUUUACAUCAUUCUUUCAAAUGAAACUUGAAGUAAAUAUUUUUUCAUCUCAUUUUGUUGUUUAUGAGACCCAAUCAGCAAAAUGGUAGGUGUUUGCUAAUAUGCAGUCAUUAUUAUAACCGAAUUAAAAAACUUCAUAUAAUUUUAGGAACCUAGCCUAUAUUUGAAAACUGAAAACAAAUUAAUGACUUUUCUGUUACAUAAAAACAAACAUAAUGUUACUAAUGAAUUUGUUUCAUUGAGAAAUCUUUCCCUAGUGAAUAAGUAAUAAUUUUAACUUUUUAUAAUAUAUCUAUGAUGAAAAUAAUAAAGCUUAAUAUCAAUUUUCACUAAAAUUUUUAUUUAGUUCUCUGAAAUGCUUCUUAUUUUCUUAAUGAUUUCCCAAAAAGCAGCUGUAUAGGACAUUAUGAUUGUCCUUUCAAAGGUUGCUUUAGAAACAAAAUUGUAAAAAAACCCAGAGUCUUCCAGAAGAAACAGUACUUGUAAACCUUCAGAAAUGAAUCUGAAAUCUAAAUAGAUUGUGCCAGGACAAACACAGCCUGAAUACUGAGCACCUCUCCUUGGGAAGGAGUUAAUGCAAGCUGACAUCACACGGUGCCAUCUGAAUACCUUCUCACAAAGCAUUUAGCAAUGCAGGUCAAACACGAGCACAAAAGCUGACAGGACUGCCUUAGCGCUGUGUACAACAAAGUAAAAAGAACACUCAGAAGUAAUUCUUUGAUAUAUUUCUUUGAAUUAUUAGAGUUCAGUUAAAUGAAUAAAUAGGAAAUUUUUUUUUGUAUAACUUGUUUUAAAAUGAUGCCAACUUUACAUUUUAAAUGUUUUAUAACAAUAAUUCUAUAGAACACUUCAACCUGCCAUUUAUUUCCUUUUGGUUUGUCUUCUUACAUAAGAGAAGGAGAAAAUGCCCUCAGUUGCAAACAUUUCCUAGUAUCAGAAAUUCUACCUAUGCUCCCUAGCCCAGUUCUGGUGUUAAGUGCUGAUCAAAGUCCCUGGUUGGGAAUUGGGAGGUCUCCCUUUUAAUCUCUGCCUUUCAUUAGCACUGCAACAUUAGGAGAGUCCCUUACCAUCUCUAGGUUCUACCUCUGUGAAAUAGGUUUAGAUUCUUCCAGUGUUUUAGAUACUGUAACAGCAGGAAGCAAUAAUGAAAGUACAACAUUAGAUUCAUGUCAUGCCAUUAAAUUACCACUAAAAAUCAGUAAGUAAAAAGGGUGGGAUACUCAGAUGAAUGUUAAACUUAUAAAGAAAUUCUACCUACAAUAUAAGUCUACUUCCUGACAUUCUUAA